AACUCAUCGGUAUCGACCUACGAAUGCUCAUAAGCAGGAAGAGAAUCUGUCCGUUGAGAGAGCCGAUCACCAAGCAGUAUUUGAUACCCAUUGUUAGCUUUAGCGAGCUAACCUUAGCAGUUAUUAGCUAACGUUAAUAAACGCAUUAGUAGCAUUUAGCACUGUGAAACUGACAAGGUGCUUUGAUUCUGCGACAUCUUUCAGCCUUUUGUUAAUCCCAUAUAGUGUUAUUAAGAUUUAGCCUGUAUUUUAAUCCAGUUUAGAUUUAGUAGUGUUGACCAAUAUCCAACCGACUAUACAUUACACAGUGCUAUCAAAUCGGAGAAAAGAAGUUAGUUGAAAAAGGGAGGCAUCUAAUGUGGAAGUCUGGCUCAAUACUAAUGCUUACGAUACCAAUCUGGCAUUGUUUUUCUGCUAGUCGACUGGACAACUCCCAAAUUGAUUUAGUGGAUGAAACUUCUGAACUGGACUACAACCAGCAAGGACCCGUUGCAAGACUCCAAAUAAGCUGACCUACAAAAUUAUUUUGACAGAAAGUGCAUGUUUAUAAAACUGUUACAUUUGAUGUGAACAUGUCAGACAUUUGGAUUAACUUAUCUCUCGAUGGCACUGCGCAGAAGAAAGCCCGAAAACGAAAGUCAAACAGGAAAAGUGAGUGGCUUUGUAGAAGGAGACACAACCAUGGCGCAAAGGGCUACAGGGAAGAUAAACAUAAAAGCAACCAAUAUAGGCAAGACUUUAGACAGAGGCAAACUCCACUUCAGAAUGGAGCUUCCAUUAAAUAUCCACAGCCUCCCACUUCCACACAAAACACAAGUUUACCGUGUCUGGUCAGCCCAGCAAGUGCUUCUCACAGUAGCUCUAGGCCUUCAGGAUCCGCACACACCAAGCCUUCCUUGACUUUUGCUGUGAAAAGCAAAGGCAGUGAUGAAGAAACAAAGGAACCCCAAAAAGCAACAGCCUUCAGUCCUGGUCCCUCAGUAUCAAGCACUGAUAAGCCUGUCGCCACUUCAUCAAGGAACCCCAAUAAGUACGUCGCUAUUGACUGCGAGAUGGUAGGCACAGGACCAAAGCGCCUCAGUGAGCUUGCUCGCUGCAGUAUAGUGUCCUAUGAAGGAGAUGUGAUUUAUGAUCAGUUUAUCAGGCCUGCUUCAAAAGUCACGGACUAUCGCACCCGAUGGAGUGGCAUCCGACGUGCUGACCUCAUUAAUGCCACACCAUUCGCACAAGCCAGGAUGGAGAUAAUGAAGCUGAUUAAAGGAAAGGUGGUGGUUGGCCAUGCUGUCCACAAUGACUUCAAGGUCAUCGGCUACUCACACCCUCCUGAACUGAUCAGAGACACUUCCCAAAUCCCUCUCCUCAACCAGAAGGCCGGUAUUGAAGGGAAUAGGUGCACCUCACUGAAGAAGCUCACUAAGGCCAUCUUCAACCGUGACAUUCAGACUGGGAACAGAGGCCACUCCUCUGUGGAGGAUGCUAGAGCCACCAUGGAGCUUUACAAAGUGGUGGAACAUGAGUGGGAGAGGCAGCUGGAUGCCAACUCAGAGGCCAGGUAGUGCCAAGUUGGGGUACAGUGUUUGAUAUGGCGGACGUGGGGUUUGGACUUUGGGAGUUAGUUGUCCUGUUGACGUGUGAAUAACGAAACCAAGAGAACUGAAAUUACACCUGAUAACCUUCUACCAGCUGCCUGAAUUUUAAAAGUGUACUGUUGUCACUGAAAAGGAAGAAUUGGAAUUGGAGAGCAGAAACUUCUCCAACAUCAAUUUAAGCUUGAUUUAUACUGCUGCAUUAAAUCUUCCUUAGCCUUACAUGUAGCUGGAUGUCUCAGAGAUGUAGGCCACAGCAACUGUGAUUGGCCCACUUGGUAAUAAAAUGCUGUCUUAAUAUACCUUGCACAAGGAUAAUACCUGCAUGACACAAAAUUAACCUUGCUUUCUCAAAAAGCUAACACAAUAGUCAGUUUUCUGCCAAUGCAUCUGUAUGUCUUCUUGUUUUUAAUAACUAUGACAGUCUGGGUAUAGACAGAUGUUAUGAAGAAGACAUACCAUCCAAAGCCUAAAGUGAAAUCUGUGGGUGAAAAACGAUGGUAGACGUAUAGCUACUAAGGGGGAAAAGCUUUUUUUAAACCCCAUUUUGGGGCAAGUCAGCAAACUUUUAAAACAAGUUUCAUCAGAUAUGUCUUGUGAUUCUGUACAUGCAGUUUUUAUAUCCAGGGGAGCAUUGAAAUUGAGGUUAAUUUAGAUCAUGCUUGCACAUAACUGUAUAGGUAAGUGACCAGAGGUGAUUGCUGAGUGGUGGGGCUUGUUUUUAGCAGGACAUUGGUAUGGAGGCAGUUGCUUUUGAAGUCUUUUCAGGUGAGACACAUUGGUUCACAUGUAAAGAUGCAAACAGCUUCAUCAGCCACUGUGGUGUAGGUUCUGCAGAGAUUCAGUGCAGGACUAUAAAUCAAGCUUUAAUUGCAGCAGUUAUUCUUUAUCAGGGUUAUAAACUGUGUUCAAAUGGUGCUCCUGCCUCUUGGGGGCAGUCAUGUCUUUGCUGGAACAUUAGUACGUGAUGUAAACAGUUUCUACCUUUUCGCAAGGUAAUUUUUUUUUCUCUCUUUUCACCAAAUCAGCACUCAACUGCAUUUAUCCAGAGUCAUGUAUACACCACAGUCAAGUAUUCUUAUCUUUUCACCUCGUGCACACCAGUGAAAAAGAAAUUCAGACCUGACUAAUAGAGCCCCAUUAGAUUUCAAUUAAAUAAGUGUAAAAUUGAUUAAAUAUGGUUCAGCUUUACUCAAACAAAGAAUUUUAUUCUGGAUAAUAGGUAAUAAUUCUUGAAAAAACUUAAGUCAUAAGUCAUGCAUGUAGAUUUUAUAAAUGUGUUUUAAUGUCUUCACAGACCUCUAUAAAGCUCGCAUUGUUAAAGCUGUUGGUGUUAUUGCAAAAUUGAUCAAUAUUUAAUUUCCACCACAAUUAAAAAUUAUUCACGUGAAUAGACUCCCAUUCCCCAAAAUGCAGAUGUUUUGACUUCAGGGUCCUCACUGUGAGCUGCUGCCUUGAUCUUCCUCUCACCUGUUGCAGGAGUGUCUGAGUGUCCCGUUAAUUAUCGAUUCUCUUUCCAGCCGACAAAAGUAAAUGUCUGAAUUUGAGAAAAUGAAGUGGUGAUGUUCUGGGUUUGUGCAGUUUCCUAUGCAAUGACUGUUGAAAUAUGUUAUCCACUCUGCCUUCAUUGUGCUCAUAAAUUCAAUAAAUCAUUACAACAGUAA